AUUGGAAUUUUGAAUGCUUCACAAAAAUUACAGCCACGAAUCAUCCUUACAUUUUUUUGUCGGUUUUGAUUUAUUUUUUCCCGUGGAAUUAACCUUGCGGUGGGCGGCUUUUGGUAACAGGCAACUAAUUCAUGUGAGAAAAUAGGUAUUGUGAGUUGUCGAAUACAACUGAUGAAAUUGCUGUAUUGAUCAAACUCACGGAGGCAAAUAGGUCACGUAGGAAAAGCAAAAUGAGUGAAGACUCUGAACUUCCACCGACGAAGCGGGCACGGUUAGACAAAGAUGCAGAGAUAGACUUCUCUGUGGACACGACAGAGACGGGGAAUGCUUUUGAGCAGUUUGGCAACUACGUGAACCAGGAAGAGCUGGAGAGGCUCCGGGAGUUCAAGGUGCUGGACGAGGUGCACUCCAAUGAUGAGGACAGCAAUGAUGAGGACUCCGACAGCUCUGAGGGCACAACCGAGGUUCCCGAAGAGGAGAUCGAGCAGAUGUUGGAAGAAAACCUUCCGGAGAACUUCAAGGGAGCCCCCAAGCCCAAGGAGAAACCAUUUGUCACCAGGCAGAAGAUCGUCCUUGAAGAAAAGGGUAUCAACCUCUUCGAAGUCCUACCUCUGGACUGGAUGAUGGUGCGCCACUACAGCGGCAUGCCGGUGUACAUGCACAGGGGCACGCGUGUCUGCACGCUGUCCAAACCUUACAGUCUGGGCAAGGGGAACACCAGGAGACACGACAUACCAAUCAGCGCUAUCCCUUGCUUAGCAUAUAGAACAGCGUUGAAAGAAGAGGAGAAGCAGAAGGAAAUUGAUAGAAAAAUAGAGGAACAAAUAAAAAACGGUACAUGGGUGAAUAACAUUAAGAAGAACAACAAAUCCAAGAAAAAUAAAGAAAAUAAUGACAAAAAUACUAAUAGUCAAUCAAAAACUGAUGAUAAUGACAAAGAAUCAAGUCAAGCGAAGGUAGGAAAAUGUCCAUUUAGUAAAAAAGGGGAAACGUCAAUCAACAAUGAUGAAACUAAAGGUAACAAAAGCGUAAAUGAUGAUGUCCAAAGUGAACAGAACAAUGAUAUACCAAAAGAUAAACACGAAGACGAAAAUUGUAGUGUGAACGAUAGCAAUCAACAAAGUAUAGAUAAAAUUACUGAUGAUGUUCAAAAUAAGAAUAAAGAAGUUGAAACUAAGAACGAAGUUCAAAAUAAGGACGAAGAAGUCCAAAAUAAAGAUGGAAAUGUUCAACAUGAUAACGUAACAAAUCACAAUAAGAACGAAGAUGCUCAAAAUGAGAAUGAAAAUACUGCAGUGAAAGAACAAGAAGCUGAUAAGGAGAAUAAUGGAGAAGAUGAUGAGAACGAAGAAGAGAUACCUCUGAACAGACAGCCAGUGGUCCUACCUGGCGGUAUAGUAAUGCCGCCUCCGAGGGUAGAAACUGUUAGCACGAGUUGGAAGACUCAGCAAUUGACUCACGAGCAAGUGAACGAUUAUUGCAAGAAUCUAUUCAAAUUCAAGACUGUUAAUAUUAUGCAUUUUAAACGUUGGGCUGACCGGCGGAAGUAUACGAAGGCUCGCAAGGCGUUACAAUAUCCGGCGUUACCGGAAGGCACAAAGCUCAUCACCAUACCAGCACAGCCGGCCAACGGACAGGAGAAUGGCAAGACGGCAAAGCGUGAUUGCGUUAUGAACAUGAACGGGCGCAGCUACUUGUCCGUGUUCCACGAGUACGUGCGCCGCGCGCUGCAGAAGCAGCCCGUCUACGAGUUCAAGCAGCUCGAAAACGCGUCAACCCCAUACCAAGCGACGGUAUACAUCGGAGGCAUGCAGUACGGCGUUGGCCAGGGCUCCAGUAAACGACAGGCGAAGUCUGCGGCCGCCAGGGCUUCCAUACACAUCCUCAUACCUGAGAUGAGAGAAGAAUUAGACGCUGAUGCCCCUCCGAAAGAUGCUAAAGCCGCAGAACAGGCUAAUGAUCCUGAUUUCUCGUUCUUCGACUGCGUUGGCAUCGAGGACCCCCGCAUCACGGAGUUCUGCGCGGCCACCUGCGAGCCCUCCCCCCACGCCAUCCUGAGGACCUGCCUCCUCCGCAACUUCGGGGCCGGAGACCGCCACAUCGCCACCGAGAUGAAGAAACUGGAGUUCCAGAACAUCGAGCUGACGAUGAAGGUGGGCAAGCACACCGCCACCGUGGUCUGCAAGAACAAGAAGACGGCUAAGCAGAGGGCGUCCCAGGCCAUUCUGCAGGCGCUCCACCCGCAUGUGCGCUCCUGGGGUUCCCUACUCCGCCUCUACGGCUCGCGCUCCGUCAAAAGCUGCAAAGAGAAGAAGUUGGAGGAGCAACAGAUCACUCUGCUCCAAGACAGAGCGAGACACAACGAACCCAAUUACGCAGUUCUGGAGAAAUUACGCCACGAGAUGAGAAAACUAAGGGAGAGAGACGAGGCGGUGGUGCCGAUAGGAACAUUAGUUGUCAAGGACGAUCUGCCGACGCAUUCGGGGUCGAAUCUGAACAACGUGGAGCUGUGACCAAUGUUGAAAGAAGAGAGUGAGUACUCGUCUUCAUAAUGACACGGUAUUGAUAUAAUACCGUGGGCUUUGUCUACCCCGCAAGGGAUAUAGACGUCAUUAUAAUGGAUUUGGUAUUUACUUUCGACAGGCUUUAGUCCCGGUUGCGUCCACAUGAGAAGAGAUGCGCGUGCGCAUUUUGACUAUAAAUCGUUGAUUUGGUAAGUGUUUUUGCACGAAGCGACACCUGUAUUAUCUCCGCGACCUUUGCAGGGAACCCAAUCCGUAUUUAUUUAUUUUAUUACUAUUGUUGUAACGUACGUAGCGUACUGGUGGAUACGCUAUAUAUCUACAUUUGUAAAUUUUCCUCACGAUGUUUUUCCUUAACGAGAGAAAUGAAAUGUUACUUUUUAAUAGAUUAUUUAACAAUAUAAACGGGGCUAAUGGGUAGAUAGAUAGAAGAUAGAUGGGUUGAAAUAAGCACGUGGUUUUGUGUAUUAAAGAGAUAUGUAUUGUAUUCUAUGAAUAAAUGAAUCUUAUUGACGACGCAACCGGGAAUACUUUAACGAUGAUGAUUAAAAUCAAAAUCAAUACUUUAUUUAGCAAAUAGGCCUUCACAGACACUUUUUCACGUCAUUUUACAUUUCAGUAAAUCAAAUUGAAAAAAUAAGUUAUACAUCUAAUUUAUGAUAUGGAUUAAAAACAUAGAAUUCGGAACAAUAUGAGACUAUAGAAGUGGCAAGGUACUGGUGAGGCGAAUGUGACGUCAAUCAUUUUCAAAAAAUUAGAUGAUGAUGAUGAUAAUAACACCAUAACGUAUUCAGAUUGCAUCUUAAUUCUGAGAUUUAUUUGACAGCUUUAUAACUGCGCAGAAAAUUACAUACGAUGCAAGAUGGCAACUCAUUUUCUAUAAUCUCAAGUAUAAUAUGGAAUUUCUAUUGUCUUGUAUUAUUCCAAUUUCUACCUUUGGAACAGUCGUAUUUGUAAGGUUAAAAUAAACUUUUUAUAAAUUAAUGUGAUAGCUGCAAACUAAAAUAAAGUAUUCAAAAUUUUA